GGUCAAUUGUUACUUCAUCUUUAUUAUUCCUCUUACUAGUUGGAAUUUUGUAGAAGAGUGGUACUAUUGCCUCCUUAUUAAAAUAUUGUAUAUGUUCUCUGUAAUCUUCAGGCUUUGUUUAUCUAAAUAGGGCUUGUUAAUUCUCAAGACAAGACAUUGGGAAUUCAAUAAAAAAAACAAACAAACAAAAACAACACUAGCAAUGAUAAAUUAGGAAAAGCUUAUUGCCUGUACUGGAGCUUGUGGGUACAGACUGAUGGCUUUGGUUUCGGAGCAAAAGUAAAAGCUUCCUUUGUGACUAAAAAUGUUGUGAAUUACAGUAUGGUGUUGUGCCUGUGGGUCAGAAAAUGAAUCACAGUAAUCCAGAAAGUAAAGGAAGAAAAAAAUCAUAUCUUCCAAGUGCUGGGCUGUGCAAUCAACAGGAAAGAUAAGAAGGUCAAACAGGAAGAGCUGUGCUGGAGUCAGCGCUGAGCGGAGCUGAGGAAUGCACGGAGCUGCCUGCUGUUUACGGGCACGUUGGACAUGGAAAAGAUUGCUGAUAAUGUUUAUUGGAUCACUGUAAGGAACUGCAAAUAAUGUCAAGUUUGGCAGCUGGAGGCAGUGUGUCUGUGCUCAGCUCUAAAGCCACCAUGGAGGUGGGGAUCCCUACUCCUAGUCUAGCAGAAAAGCAAGACAGCAACCUUGAGAGGAAAGAAACAGAGCAGGGAAAAUGUGUGCCUGACUGGAUAUGUGAGGCAACCAGUGCUACAGUGAGCGCUGCCGGGGGCGGAGACAAGACAGACGCACUGCAAGAACAAAUGGAUUAUCCACAAAAUGAAAAAUGCAUGAAUGUCAGUUCCAGAAUUCUACUCGGUCAAGCUGAGAAUUUUCCAACUGAUAUCUCCUUGAAACUAACAAUGGUGAGACGCAAGAGUGGAUGUCCUGAUCCCAGACUCCAAAGGCAGCUCAGAGGACAGCUCCGUCUUCUGGAAAACGACAGCAGGGAAGUCACAGCAGUUUUCAGUGAGCUCUCUGCUAGAUUGCUCUCUAUUCACAGUGAUCAAGAUCUAAUAGUGGUAACAUUUAAAACUUUUGAAGAAAUAUGGAAGUUUCGAACUUACUACUCAUUGGGUUUUGUAAACCACUGCAUGGAAAACUUAUUCCUAGAUCAAUCUUUCUGGCUGUAUUCUCAAGAGGAGGAAGAGACAGGCAUUGAAGUCUGGAUAAAUGAAAAAUCAUUAAAUUUAAUGUACAGAAGUUUGCUAGUACAAGAAGGGGCAUUUUUUGUUCUAUGUCCUGACAAUCUGGUAAGGAAGAUAAUGGCUACAGACUGCAAAAUAAACACUUACUUUGAGACUGGGACUUUUACUACCAAUGUAGCAGAUGGGUCUGUGGAUGGUGACAUGACUAUGCUGUCUAACGUUUCUCUGGAGCCUUUGAUCCCUUUUCAUCAGUGGUUUCUUAAAGUAUAUUCUGAUCCCAUUGAUGUUACGUACAAAACUGAAUCUAAAUCCAUCAGACAAGUUGCAACAGGAUCCUGUCUAGCUGUGAUGAAUUAUGAUAGUGCUGUGCCUGAAGAGAUUAGUUUCCAGGAAGGGGACAAAAUUGAGAUCCUUGGCUAUUUAAUUGAAUGCAUGGAAUGGUUUGUUGGAAGACACUUGUUUACUGGCCAUGUAGGCUUUGUAAAGACAAGUCAUGUUAAACUGGAUUUACCUGGAAAUAAAACAGACCUGGAUUUUCUUAAAGCAGAAGAGUUAUCUUUCUUCCCAAAAGAAAAAAAUGUUGAAGAAGUGAUACAUUUGUUGAAACAAACCUCUAUAACAGAUGUUUGUUCUGUGUAUAGAAUAGACCAAUUAGAAGAACAAGAAUUCCAGAAAACGUGUGAAUGUGAAAUUCCAUGUCUAUAUUCUAAUACGGUAACCACUAGCAAGAAGAAUGGCAAGAUAGAAGAAUUUGUGGAGAAGUUCAAGAAAUUAGAGGUCACACAGGCAGAAGGGCCAGCUACAGAAGGAAAGGAUUCUGCCAGCUCUUCACAUAUGGAAAUCUUUCCUUCACCCAAAGGACCUUGCUUCUACAUAUAUCAAGAUGAUGGUCAAAAAUCUGAUGUCUUUGAGUCAUUGUUACUUUUCUUAAAUAGCAAAGAGUAUGAGAGUGAUUUCAAAAACCUGAAUGAUUUCUCUUAUACGUUCAUUAAUAGCAUGUUUUAUGGUUUUUCAGAGGAAGAUGAACUAGUCAGUUUUUUUAGUUUAGCAAGGGAAUUAGCAAAGAAAGCAGGUAUGUCAUGGGCACUAGCAAGGCUCUGCUUUCUCUUAGGCAGGCUGAGUGUUAAAAUGAAGUUUUCCCAAGCUCGGGUUUAUUUUGAGGAAGCUUUUGGAGCAGUAGCUGGAGGAUUUAGCGAUUUGUACUUUAUAAUUGCUCUUUACACAAAUCUAACAGUCAUCUACUUGACACAGAAGAACAAAGAAAAAUGUUCUCAUGUUUUUGACAAGGCUACAUCUCUUCUCAUGGGAAUUCCCAACCACAUUUGCAGUGCUGACCUGGAGUCAGAUAUUCUAAAGUAUGCUCUGAAGAGGACGAUUUUGAGCCAGAACAAACAUGCAGAGGCUAGGGCGUGCUUUUUACUGGCAAAACACUACGCUGCACGCAAACAACAUGAAGAGGCACUUCCCUUCCUAGAAAGGCUGCAACUGUUGUCUAAUGACUUGGGUUUACAAAACAACUUAUCUAAAAACUGUUAUUUCAAACUAGCAGAGUCCUACGAUGAGAAGUGUUUGCCACACAUUGUGUUAAGCUGUGUAAAAGUCUCCUCUUCCCAGAACUCAAGUACUCUAAUGGAUUCCCUGAAAAGGAUUGAUUUAGUCAUCAGAAAUGCUCCCAAACUCUAUGGCUUGAGAAAACUCAGACAAAUACUUCCAUCUCAAAUUGCACCUUACCUCACACAAGCACUUUCCUCUGCAUUUACAAAUGAGCAGCAAGGACUAUGCAGCACCAUUUAUCUUAGUUUAGCAAAACUGUACAGCCACCACAAACAGUAUGAAAAAGCCAUCGUUUACAUGAUGAAAGCCCUGGAUUCUGAUACUUCUGCUAAGCCAGAGGAAACUAUUAACUACUUGGUUUCACUUGCUUGGUUAUACGUUCUUUACAGGCAGUAUGAUGUGGCAGCAACCAUUUUAAAUGCUGUUGUGGACUCCUCGUGGAGCAAUCCUCAACAGCUAGGUGUUGCUUAUAACAUGCUUGCUAUUGCUUUGAAAAGAACAAACGAUACCAAGAAAGCUGCUGAAAACUGCUACAAAGCUCUGCGUCUUUCUGAAGAAGCCAAUAUGACUCAUAACCAAGCUAUAUCCCUGGCUAAUUUUGGAGUACUCUGUCUACAUGCAGCAGCCAGUAAGCUGGCAGAGCAUUAUUAUAUCAAAGCAGUGAAGCUGUUUGCCAAACUUCCAAGUAUGGACUGUGGUCAAGAGUUUAUCCAAACCCUCCUUCAGUUGGGACGUUAUUAUGUUAGUAGAACUCAAAGAGAAAAAGGAAGGUUUUAUUAUGAAUGGGCAUUUUUAGUUGCAAUGGAGAUAAGCCAUCUGGAAAGUCAACUUCAAGCAAUUAAACUGCUCUGUCAGUUCUACAGUACAGUUGUUCCCAAUGAGGCUCAGUGUGUCAUCUACAAUGAGUACCAACUAUCUUUAGCUAGAAAGAUGUCCAAUAAAGUUCUGGAGGGACAAAUUUUGGAAACCAUUAGUCAGCUCUAUUUGUCUUUAGGAACAGAAAGGGCUUACAGAUCAGCUCUUGAAUAUACCAAACGAAGUCUUGGAAUAUUUAUAGAUCUCCAGAAAAAAGAGAGAGAGGCACAUGCUUGGCUACGGGCAGGAAAGAUAUAUUAUAUUCUGAGGCAGAAUGAGCUUGUGGAUCUCUAUAUUCAGGUUGCUCAAGAUGCUGCUCUAUGCACAGGAGAUCCAAACUUAACAAUGGAAUUGUUUGAAGCUGCUGGAGACAUAUUUUUUAAUGGUAAAUGGGAAAAGGAGAAAGCAGUGCCUUUCUACAGGGACAGGGCUCUUCCCCUUGCUGUUGAGACUGGUAACAAAAACACUGAACUCAGAUUAUGCAAUAAACUGGUGGAGUUGCUGGUGAAUCUAAAGGUUUAUGAGGAAAGCAUGGAAUAUGCAAAAGCAUCUCUUAUGCUCAGUGUAAAUUUAGGAAAUCAGCUAAAUGAACGAAUAGCUUACCAUCGGCUGGCUGCCAUCCAUCACCAUUUGGGUCACUGUGAACUAGCUGAACACUUCUAUUUAAAGGCUUUGUCCCUCUGUUCCUCUCCUCUGGAGUUUGAGGAGGAAACUCUGUACUACGUCAAGGUGUACUUGAACUUAGGAGACAUUAUAUUCUAUGAUCUUAAGGAUCCCUUUGAUGCAGCAGGCUAUUAUCAAUUGGCGCUCGCUGCUGCCAUGGAUUUGGGCAAUAAGAAAGCUCAACUGAAGAUUUACACAAGACUUGCAACAAUCUACCACAACUUCCUUGUGGAUCGGGAAAUGUCUCUCUUCUUCUAUCAGAAGGCAAGAACCUUUGCAACAGAGCUGAAUGUUAGAAGAAUAAAUCUAGCUCCUGAUCAGUGUUAUAAGAGUUUAUAAGCAUCUUUGAAGACUAAAAUCUUACUACAGAAGUAACUGCAGAAACGCUGCACUCACUGGAGCAUGCAGGAUGUAUUGUUUCAUACAGCACAUGCUGUGAGUGAGAUUUUAGCAUCCCAGGGGAAAUUAUCUGUUUUUGUGAUAGUGGACUGCAUUUCAUUGUCUCUAAGAUACACAGUCUUGUCCUUGCUAUUUGAGGUUCAGCCUGUAAACUAAAAAAAAGAAAAAGAAAAAAAGUCUUUAUUCUUUUUCACUAUCAGUAAAGAAAAACCUAUCUGUUUUUGUCUAGUUGCAUAUUGGGAAAUGAUAAAUAUAUAUAUGAAUGAAAAGUAUUUAAUAAAGCAUUGUAGAGAAACAUUCA